CUCCCUGUAGUUCAUGACGCGGCAUCGAAAAUCUAGUAUGGCGGCGCCCUGUUCGUAAGGUGUCAGGAAAUACAAGUUCGCAAUUGUUGAAUAAAGAAGCGUCUUCGUUUCAAGCCGUUCAAAUCGAAGGAUGGGAUUCUUUCGUUUAUUUUGUAAGUCGAAUCAAUGGAAUUCGAUCCAAGUUCGGGUUCGACUGCUAAGUAUUCAACAAACUGUCGCCAAAGUACUGAGGGAUAUCCCGCAAAGUAAGCCGUUGUCGCCACAGAAUCUAUCAACAUACCAAACGAAGGACGUCUAUAGUCGUAUUAAAUGCCUGAUCGGGAUCGAGUUGCCACAUGUACUGUCCGGACUGCGAUGUCCAAAAUACCGCAGGGAUUUAACCCAACAAGGGCGCUGCUAUUGCACAUCAACCAAGAUCUCCAGAGACGUCGUUCUGUUCCAUCACGACCGAACACGCUUCGUACGCCUCCUGGCGACCUUCUGCGGCGCUCAGACUCUCUUCUGGACCUACCUUGCACAUUUCGCUUACACUGGUUUAAGAAACGACAGCUCUUUAAAAGAACAACGCAAAGUUACCACCACGGGCCUUGCCGGGUUUUGGAGCUUCGAUAUCAAUUUAGGAAGAAGUGUUUGGAGAUACGGGUUUACAGGAGGGUGUCUUGCGGUGGGAGCAGGCAUCAUAGGACUUGGCGUCCUGUUUUGUCGCCGUUCUGUGAGUCGGGUGAUUUUGCACCAAGGAGGCAAGAUGGUGACAGUGGCGACCCAGUCACCCCUGGGACCUGACAAAGGUCGGCAAAUAACCGUGCCUCUGUCCCGCGUCGCCUGCCACGCCCACAGGAACGAGUCCCCCUCGUUUAUUCCACUCAAGAUUAAGGACAAUAUAUUCUAUUUUCUUUUGGACAAAGAAGGGACAAUAAACAAUGCUCAAUUGUUUGAUGUAACUGUUGGGGCAUAUCGACCACUCUAAUUGAACAAUUGGGUACCAAAGAAUAUGUUCAAAAAUUUGUCAUGAAACCAAUUGUAUUUAUGAUCUGUGGAAUCAAUUGUAAGGGGAAAAAAAUGGUAGUUUACCAACAACUGUUUCAAAUAAAUUCCAAUGAUGGUGAAUUGAUGUUGCGGUGCUGAGUUUUUCUGACUUGUUGUGUUUAUACAUACUGUAACUUGCUCCAUGAGGACUGCAUUGGUGGCUUCCGUUUCGUGCAGCAGGCUGUUCAUAUGCUCCAUACUGCGUGCUGCUGUGGUCAGCUGUUGGCUCAACUCUUGCUUGGUAGGCUCCAC